GGGCCGCGCCGCCGGCCCAGCCACUUCAAUGCAACCCCUGGGGCAUCGGCUUCCCGCUGAUGGGACCGCUGCAGGGCCCUCGAGGCCGGAGCGCCGUCGUGGGGACCGUCACCCUCUGCCUGGCCGCCGGGUGGGCUCUGCAGACUCCCGGAGGAGUAUCCUUAGUGGUCCCACAACCCAACAUCAAUGCAACAGUGGCACAAAACAUCCUCCUCUCAGUUGAAUACUCUUGCCGAGGCGUGGCCACCAUUGAGUGGAAGCAUGUGUCAAGCUGGGGCACCACCAGCAUUGUUGAGUGGAGAAGUGGGAAUUCUGCCAACAUAUCCACAGUCUACAAGGACAGAGUGACUACUUUUGAAAAUGGCUCUAUACAGCUUCGGAAUGUGGGCAUGAGAGAUGCUGGCUACUAUUUUGUCACUGUAAUGGAGGAGCAUGGAACCAAUGCCUACGGCACCAUCAUAGUCAAUGUUUAUGAGAUUAUCUAUGAAGAUUUGCAUUUUGUAGCAGUUCUCUUCACAUUUCUCGCUGCAGUAUCUGCCAUUCUAAUCUGCUUCAUGUGGCUGUGUAAUAAAUCUCUGCACCUAUUUCAAAAGAAGACAACACACAAACUAACAGCAAGUACAACAGAAGAAAUUGAACUGGAAACCAUUGAGUGUUAGCCAAGGACUGUAUCAUAAUAAAAAUAACAAUUCUACCUCAGGAGAAAGUGUUGGCCAAGAAAGCAAGAACAAACCUAGAAGGUAAAAUGUUUGUGACUACUGCAGAAACAUCCUGACUUGCAAAGUAAUUAAACCAGCAGUGUCUGAUGGAGCUGUUUCAACCUGUUAAGUUUUCAGUUCUGCUAGUCAAGGUCAGAGUAAAAAAGAGUAGGCUUUCAUGCUGAGCAUGAACACAUUUUUGUGGCUAGCUAAUAAAAUCUAGAGCCUCUACCACUCUUAAAAACAACCAACCAACCAAGCCUCUAAGAUCAACCCAUAAAGGAAAUUACCAUGGUCUUGAAGGACACCUGCAUUUUGGAUACAGCAAGUCUCCUAUUACAGACAGAGUGGUCAUUAGUAUCCAUCAACAUAAUAAAUUAAAUAUCUAAUUACAGUAUUACAUUAAAAAAUUAAUUGCAAGCACUGAAUCCUGUUUAUUGCACCUGUGCUGCUGCUUUUGGGUGUAAGGAACUUCCUAAAGCUCUGAAGACAAACUGCAAUUUUUCAUGAGACAAAACUGACUUUGAAAGAACGCUGAGCUGGUCAAAGUUCUCCCGCUUGUGUUUCCCGCAGUUGUUUACACUGCCCCAGGAUGGAUGUUAACACACAUUUUAUGACAUUACUAGAACAGGUGAUUGUACAAGGAACAGUACAGGCAGGCACUAAAGAGAACACUGUCCAUGAAGAUUAGAGGGGUCAGGUAAAACAGUGACACACAACACCAGUUGGGGUGGCAAAAUACUAAACAGUUUUGUUGUAAAAGAUGUCAAGUCCUUUGCAAACUUAGGCCAGUGCUGAACAAUCUAUCUGAGAAAAAAAGUUAUAACAGCAUGUCUUUGAAAUACAGUAUUUACAAACACAGUUCUAAAAUUGCUCCUGUUGAGAAGCCACCUUUGCUUUCCCUAUGUUGUAAGAAAACAUCAAGUUACCCAACUAAUGUUUUCUUGAAUCUGCAUAUUGCACAGAUUGCAAUUCUCCACCUGUAGAUCUGUGGGAUGAAAUAACAUUUCUGUUUGUCAGUGAGAAAGCAGUAAACUGACCGAGUUCCAAAUCAUUCUGUUUUGCUUUUGUAAUGAGAAUUUGCAGUGUGAAAUAAACUUUGAUCUUGGAAGACAUCGUGGACUAGCCUGCACCUGUAGAUUGCCACGUUGCUGUUUGGGUCAAACUGCUGCUACUGCCUUUUCCACACUUUGUCUCACUACUUUGCAAAAACCUUUUACAGGACAGGCUGACAGAGCUUUGCCUCUGGUCAGGGACUGGGAUGCUCAAGUGCAGAGGUACUGUGGGCUCCAUUUAGAAAAACAUUCAGGGAAUGUCUCACCAAGUAACGAUGCAGGUAGGUGCCAAACAAGCCAAAGCAUCUUGUGCUCAGUACCUUUAAACCAUCCCACACUGUGCUGGCCAUCUGUAGUGCCAAGGGCCUCUCUCCCACUCAUAAACUGAGGUACCAGAUUCAGCUGUUUGCUCCUUCCUACAUCUAGAACAGGUCAAAAAAGGUGAGAAAUGAGGUAAGUAUCAGAUACAGCAGACAAGUAACAGUUUAUUCCAAUUCUCUGCUUUAAACUUUCAUUGUCCAUUUUUGUGUCUUUGAGUGAACUAAGAUUUGACAGCAGGGAAACUGUAAGUGCAUCUAUUUCAAUCACCAAACUUGAAUUACUUGGUAAAGUAUGCUUAUAGAAUAUGGAAAACAUUGUUAGGUGUUCCUUUUAAGCCCUAAAUCUUAGACUUUGAAUGAAUCUUAGACUUUUAAGGCAAAAAGUAUUCAAGCACUUUGAAUGUGAAGCUAGGUAUUAGGCUGAGCUGAAUACACAGCAGGUGCUCUGCCGGACUUAGGAAUUACAAAAAGUGCAGCUUACACAUGAAACCGCUAUUACCUGCUAACACUGACCUGAACACUGCAAUUGCCAGAGGAAGUCAGCAAACAUAUCCAGACAUGAAUGACCAUUCCAGUGCAUUGCUGUGACUGCAGAGGUCACACGCACAUUUAAACCACAAUGUUUGAAAGCUGGAAGGAAAGUAGGAAAUGAACACUUAAAAUUCUUCAGUUUAAAAUGUACUACAACAAAAGAAGUUUACAACCAGCACAGUUUUUCUAUGUCUUUCAGCUUGGCUGAAGUCACUGCAACUUCAGGCACUCGAUCCUUGGCCAUUAAACCUGGUGCCAACCUCACUUUUAGGCAGUAAUAUCCCAUAUGAAUAGCAGGGACUCAAGCAGUAUUCAGAGAGAACAUCCAGUACAGUUAAUCUGUAUAUAGCUUUUUUUAUAGACAAUUCCUCACACAAAAUUUUUACCCACAAUUUAACAUGCUUACUCUACACAGGUAACGUUACUUAAAAAGUACUCACAUUUUCCUGAAAAUGCUGUUUGCCACUAUGCAUUAUUAAGGUCAAUAUUUGAGGUACAGAAUGUGAGGCUAAGCUGUAGCAGCUUCUUGCUACUCUGGAGCAUUUAAAGUUUUAUGGCAGGUUGUUACAGUAGAAAUUCAGAAACUAACAGCUGUUCUUACUGUACUUGUAAACUCCCUGCAGAACAGCAGCAAAUUUAAUAUUUAGAGCAUUCUAGAUGAUCAAAGGGAUUAAGGCAUUUUACUUUUAAACUUGAAUUAAAGAGAUGUCCAAGUUCACCAAAUUGCUUUGGCAAUCAAUUGAAAAGGUCACUAAAAAUUCACUAAUGUCAUUAUUUCAUAUUCAAAGAUGCACUACCAAGUUUCAAGGCUAUCUCUCUGUUAGAUGUCUAAUCAGUCUGUUUUCCAAUAAAAUUAGGAAUCCCUGUGUAUUCAACACCAAAACACUGACUCUCCAGAUCUCUAAUAACUCCUUUUUUUGAUGUUGUUAUUAUUAUUUUUUCAGCUAGACCUAGAAGUCUUGACAAGUGUUUUCAUGCUAACAUGCAGAGCUUGCUAUUCUGUGACAUGGGAGAUGUCAUUUUCAGGAGAGAAGUCCUGCAGCCACGAGAUUGUAAUAGUUCCACAGUGAUCUGAUUACUUGGUAACUAAGAACUUGAUGAAAAGGCUAUUGCUACAUGCAGACCUGUCAAUUUAGUUUAAGAACAAUAAAGUAUAAAGACAUGUCCAAGUUUCAUGGACUCAUCUUCUAAUUAUUUAUAAGAGAUUUGUUGUGUUAGCAGGAGUCAGCCUCAUCUAGUCAGAUGCAUGAACGCAUGUUGGCUGAACUGUUCACCAAGAAACAACCCCCCCCUCUGCCUGUAAUCACACAAUGUCUGCUGGCACAGCAACACAGGACCUGGCAUCACAGGGCUUCAAGAUCAAGAGACUUAUUUUCAACUUGGGCUUUUAAUUUUCAUCAGUUGUCUUGGGUAACACAUGAGCACCUGAAAGAAAAACCCUUUCUCUCUCUUAGUUCAGUCACACAGAAGGAAGUUCUUACAGGAACUGGAACAAGACGCUCCAUGCUGGCCAACACCAAUAUAAGUACAAGAACUGCUUUGGA